CAUCUUUACCAACUAACUUCCCACCUAAGUAUCCUAGAAAACCAAGGUGCAUAUUAGUCUGCACCAUCCCCCACUCCCAAUUCCCAACACCAUCACCAUCACCAGCAUCAUCGUCACCUUUGGCUAAAACAAAGUCACAGUCAACAUCAUCAAUCCCCAAAUCUCGUUGACUCACAGUCAACUACACACUCCACUACCAUGCUCCGCAUGCACUCGCCCGCAUCCUAUCACUCCCUCCCCUAUAAAAACCUCGCGCCUUUCGGCCUGUGCCAAUGUGGGUAACCACUGACCUGACCAGUGACGCGCACUGAUAAUCGUCUUCUCCUCAGAAAGAAGAGAGAGAAUCAGAGAAAUGAGACGAAACGAGACGUUUCGCUGUGAGAGAGAAUCGGAGUAAGUGUUUCGGAACGUUUCGUCGAGAUUGAGUGUGUGUGAAGUGUGUGUGUGACGAAGGUUUCUAAACUCCGAGAAUGGCGUCAUCCUCUUCUUCCAACAAUGCUUCGUACACUUUGCCGUUAUCACAGUCAAGUUUCUCGUCGCUUCCAGUGAUGGCUAUGAAGAAGAAGAUCGUCGAGAAGAUCAUGGAGAAUCGCGUUACGCUCAUCGUCGGCGAGGCCGGUUGCGGGAAAAGUUCACAAAUUCCACAGUUUCUUCUGGACGAAGGCAUGUCGCCUGUUUUGUGCACACAGCCCAGGAGAUUUGCUGUUGUUGCCGUUGCCAAAAUGGUUGCAAAAGCUCGAAAUUGUGAAGUGGGAGAGGAAGUUGGGUAUCACAUUGGGCACUCAAAACACUUAUCAGCCGGGUCAAAGAUUGUUUUUAAAACUGCUGGAGUUUUGUUGGAUGAAUUGCGAGAUAAGGGCUCUGCUGCUCUUAAGUACAAAGCUAUCAUUCUUGAUGAAGUUCAUGAAAGAUCUGUGGAGUCUGAUCUUGUCCUUGUUUGUGUGAAGCAGUUCUUGUUGAAGAGCAAUGACCUGAGGGUGGUUUUGAUGUCUGCAACUGCUGAUAUUUCAAGAUACAGGGAUUACUUUAAGGAUCUUGGAAGAGGUGAACGGGUUGAAGUGCUUGCGAUUCCUAGCUCUAAUCAGAAAAUUGUUUUCCAGCGACAUGUUUCAUAUCUUGAGCAGGUAGCUGAAUCUAUCGGAAUAAGUUCUGAAGUAAUGAAUUCAAAGUAUUCUCCCGGAGUAGAUCCUUUCACAGCCAAUGCUUACAUCAAGCCUGAGUUUCAGGCUGAUUUUCACCAGCUUAUUCAUAACCUGGUGUUGCAUAUCCAUGAGAAUGAACCAGAUAUUGAGAAAAGCAUUCUGGUUUUCCUUCCAACAUAUUAUUCACUUGAGCAGCAAUGGCGACUUCUAAAGCCACUUGAAUCAACUUUUAAAGUUCAUAUUUUGCAUCGCAGCAUUGAUACCGAGCAAGCUCUCAUGGCUAUGAAGAUUUGGAAGUCGCAUCGAAAAGUAAUAUUGGCUACUAAUAUUGCUGAAUCAUCUGUGACAAUACCCAAAGUGGCUUUUGUAAUUGAUUCUUGCCGAUCGUUGCAAGUCUAUUGGGAUAAGUCCAGAAGAAAGGAAUCCUCAAAGCUUGUUUGGGUCUCCAAAUCACAGGCCGAGCAGCGUAGGGGAAGAACUGGCCGAACUUGUGAUGGUCACGUUUAUAGGUUGGUCACUGGUUCAUUUUUCAACAAACUUGAGGAUCAUGAGAGUCCGUCUAUUCUGAAGUUAUCCUUGAGGCUUCAAGUUCUUUCACUGUGCUGUGCUGGAUCUAAGGCUAUCAAUGAUCCAAAAGUUUUGCUGCAAAAAUCUCUGGAUGCACCAGAUCCACAAGUUGUUGAAGAUGCAUUGAACAUGCUUGUUCAGAUGCGUGCACUGGAAAAGACUCCAAGGGGCCGUUAUGAACCCACAUUUUAUGGACAAUUGAUAGCCAGUUGUCCUUUGUCAUUUGAUGCUUCUGUUCUAGUUCUGAAAUUCGGGAAUGCUGGUAUGAUACGUGAGGGCAUAUUGCUGGGUAUAAUGAUGGAUACACAGCCUUUACCCAUUCUUCAUCCAUUUGGAGAGGAAAUAUUGUUUGCAAAGUAUAUUGCUAGCUACUUUACUGACCGAACAAUCUUAGCCGGUCGAAAGGAGAUGGAAUUCAUGGCUAACUUCUGUGCAUUUGAAUUUUGGCAGCAUCUGUUCAGGGAUGAGUAUCGGCUUAACCAUUUGAAGCAGGUUCUAGAGAUUGAGAAUGUGUAUCCUGCCGAAGCACUGAUGCCUAAGCUUGAGGAAGAUUGGUGUUCUCUCCAUAAUCUCUCCCAGUCAUCUCUGCAUCAGACCUUAGAAAUUUAUGAUGAUUUGUUAAGUUCAGUACACCGGUUGCGGCCAAAAUUUUUGAGCUCUUUUAGGGGUUUGCCGCCCUAUUUUGAUCCUUAUGAAUAUGAACACACAUGCUUAGUAACAUUCCAGGCAGAUGGGGACAUAGAUGGAGUUUCUGCAUAUGAGGAAGGCCUUAAAGCAACAGGUGAAACAAAAUGUGCUUCUGUGCCAUAUGUCACUUCAGAAGAAUUUCACAGUUAUGAUGUGGCAAAAAUGUUCGCUAAAAUUAUAAAAGAGAUAAGGGCUCAAUUCUCGGAGGAUACUUCGAGUCGAGAACCUGGAAGUGCAGAUAUAAAUAAUAUAAAUUUAAAUGGGGGCCCUUCUACUUGCGCAUAUUUCUUACAGGGAUACUGCAAUAGAGGUAGUGAAUGUUUAUAUUCUCACUCACUUCAAGCUAAGAGACCACAAUGCAAAUUCUUCUUUUCGUUGCAGGGAUGCCGAAGAGGAGAGUCUUGUUCAUAUUCACAUGAUUCAGGUCCUUCGGCACUGUCAUUCAGGCGAGAUGUCUGCGAGCCCGAAGAUAAUAAUAUGGCUGCUGCAUCUCUCCUGAGAUUUUUCCCCCAAGCUACCAACAGAUCAAUUCUUGUAUUGGAUGACACUGAUUUGCAUUUUGCCACAUCUCUUGGUCGCCACUAUCAUCCAUCCAAGAUAAUUGCAACUACAUGUUUGUCAGAAACAACGAUAUUGGAACAAUCACUGAAAGGGGUCAAAAUUUUAUGGGGUCUAUAUCACCCAUACCAGACAAUCAUUGCUAAAGCAGGGAAGAACCCUGUUCCUUGGAAUGAAGUUCAGUGUGUACUGUGGUUUCCUUGCUUUGAUAGCUUUGGCGAGGAUUCGGAUGGACAAAAGCAGCUCUUGCAGAACUUCUUUGAGUAUCUUGCCAUUCGAAUUUUGGCUGAUAAUUUGUCCGAUGUGAAAGUUAUCAUAACCAUUAAUAAUAUCAGAUUUUCCCAACUUAAGGCUGAAAAAUUGGGAAGGGAGUGUUUCUUUGUGCUUACAGAUUCGUUUGCCUAUGACGAAACAAGCUUUGGGGCAAUAUUAUAUGACAGACUUCCCCCUAAGACGCCAACGUUGGUUUCGAGACCUACCUCCUAUGUAUUUGAACUGCAUCCUCCGAGUAAGCUACUAUUCGGUGAUUAUGCUGCUAAUAUUAGAAAGAAUCUGUACGUAAUUCAGGAAAAAUAGUUUAGAUCACUUUUUAAGACUUGGAAGCUAGAACUACGAUUGUAAAUAUUAGAUAUCUAGUUUCUGUUUUCAGCAUCAAAUUAAUAUCUGUGUAGUGUAUAUUUAUUUAUAGUCACAAUAUGCUUUUUGAUAUCA